AUGAUUCAUAAGUCAAACCCAAAUAAAAAUAGAAUCAAUACUGCAUGUGAAUUCUGUAAGAAAAAAAAAGUCAAAUGUGAUCGUGGUAGACCAUGUUCCAAUUGUAUUCGUUUUAAUCAAAAUUGUAUGUAUCCUAUCAAACAUUAUCUAUCACACUUAAAAAAUACCCCGACUACCACUAUUCCUUCUUCUUCUUCCUCUUAUCUGAAUCCUAAUAUUGACAUCCCCCUUAGCCCAUCUCCAUACUUCACUUUUUCUAUAGAUAAAUAUAGGUUCCACAGAAGGUAUCAAAAUGUUUUGCCUUAUUUUUUCGCUGAUAAUCUAAUCCAACAAUUAUCACCCUCCAUUAUAAAACAGUGGGAUCUUGAAAGACCACGAAUACAAAAUUAUACUUGGAAUAUGGCAGGUGGCCAUUUCCCUAAAUUUGGUGACCCUUGUUUUCUUAACGAGCCACACUUUUUCGAUUUCAAAAAUACUAAACAUAUCAAUUUAAUUAAAAAAAUCUUACAAUGGUACUUCAAUCAUUGCAAUCCCAUCUUUGGCAUCCUCCACGAAUCCAUCUUCUAUUCUCAACUCAAUAACAAAUUCUUACCUAAUCUUAACCCAGUCGGUAAAUCUAAUAAGUUGUUUCAAUCUCUACUAUAUCUGAUCAUUAUUAUCACAAUAAGGUUCAACGCAGGUCUAAUCUCAAGAAAUAACACUACCUAUACGGAUCCUUCUCCUGCUAAUGGGAUAGUUUUCGAGGAUUGGGAAUUUAACUUUCUUUUCGGUGCAAAGGCCGUCAACUUGGAACAACAUCUAUUUGUUUAUUCAUACGAUUUCAUACAAAAAUUGACUUUCGAGUGGGAAUCCUUCGAAUUGAUUCAAUCAUGGCUAUUGAUCGCAUUCUAUCUACGCACUUGUCACAGACAGACGAGCACUUGGAACGCUCUGUCCAAAGCCAUUUCUCUGGUCAAGGGGAUGUCCCUCGAAAUGAACAUGUUUCCCUCGAAACACCAUCCUUAUGAUGAAAUGAAAGCGUCACAUUGUUUUUGGUCUUGUUUCAUUAUGGAUAAGAUCAUAAGUUUCCAAAUGGGCAGAACUUUUCAACUGGAGUUGCCCUUGAAUAACAUGCCAACACCAAGACAUACAACAACUGGUCAAGUGUCCCAUACAAUGUCUGUUGAUGGCAAAGAUGAUUGGUUCCAUGAAGAGACAAGGCAAAUGUAUGAUCUGUCGUUGAUUAUUUACAAGUUCCAACAGUACAAAUGCUUUGAAAUGGAAUUGCCUGAUUCAAUAGCAUUUAGAAAACACCUAUCUGAAUGGAUUCAAGCAAAUUCUGUAAAUAUAACCAGAGAUAACCUCACCGUUCUACAGUUACAACCAUUAUUUACAUAUCUUGACAUAACACUAACUUUCGAGAUACGAUCUUUGCUUCCUAUAGCAUGUCAUCAGGUAUCAAAUACAAAUUCAAAUUCAGCUAUUUUACCACUGGAUUCCUCAAAUUUACUAACGCAUGUCCUGAUGGCAUUGGAUUUACUUACUCAUCUAUGCACAAACAAUUUAUUCUUCGUUCCUUGGUGGCUACAAUUAUCUAAUCUAUUUACAAUAACAUUAAUAUCAUUGAUUUGUUCAUAUUCAAACUUACAAACUUUGUCAUACCGCCAUAUUUUGUCCCAAAUAUCAAGAUUGUGGAAAAUUGUUAAAAAUGCAACACCUUGGAACCCACCCGUCAUGCUGAAACAAUGUGAUUGGUGUAUCAAAAUGCUAAAUCAUAUGAUUACUCUCAUUAUACAAGAUUCUACUGGCUUUUUGUCAAAAACCAUUGGCAUAGAUCAUGGUGAUAAUACUCCAAAUCAGAAUAAUUUUCAGCAAUUUAAUCGUGUUAAAGAAAAUGAAGAAGAACAACACGAAUCAAAACAAACGGUUCAUAAGGACCAAAAUAAUACACUGGAACAGAUACAGGAAGUAUCUGCAAAUGCACAAUUUGAGUUUACUGAGGGGUCUAUGACAAAUACUACUGAUUCUUUACUUUCAGAUGAUCUCUUAGCCACUUUACAUUGGUUUAAUGAGAAUUUUCUAUGA